CUGAGCACAGAGGGGAUGGGCGUACAGGGCCAUCCUGGGCCCCCUGGGGCUGUGACCAACAGCGCGAAAGACAGUGACGAUGAGGAGGAGGUGGUUCACGUGGAUCGGGACCACUUUAUGGACGAGUUCUUUGAACAGGUAGAAGAGAUUCGAGGCUGCAUUGAGAAACUGUCAGAAGAUGUGGAACAGGUGAAAAAGCAGCAUAGUGCCAUCCUGGCCGCCCCCAACCCAGAUGAGAAGACCAAGCAGGAGCUGGAGGACCUCACCGCCGACAUCAAGAAGACGGCCAACAAGGUCCGGUCCAAGUUGAAAGCGAUCGAGCAGAGCAUUGAACAGGAGGAGGGGCUGAACCGGUCCUCCGCAGACCUGCGUAUCCGCAAGACCCAGCACUCUACACUCUCGCGGAAGUUCGUGGAGGUAAUGACCGAGUACAACGCCACCCAGUCCAAGUACCGGGACCGCUGCAAGGACCGGAUCCAGCGGCAGCUCGAGAUCACCGGCAGGACCACGACCAAUGAAGAGCUGGAGGACAUGCUGGAGAGCGGGAAGCUGGCCAUCUUCACCGACGAUAUCAAAAUGGACUCACAGAUGACAAAGCAGGCCUUGAACGAGAUUGAGACGAGGCACAACGAGAUCAUCAAGUUGGAAACCAGCAUCCGCGAGCUGCAUGACAUGUUUGUGGACAUGGCCAUGCUGGUGGAAAGCCAGGGUGAGAUGAUCGACCGAAUCGAGUACAACGUGGAACAUUCCGUGGACUAUGUGGAGCGAGCUGUGUCCGACACCAAGAAAGCUGUGAAAUAUCAGAGCAAGGCGCGGAGGAAGAAAAUCAUGAUCAUCAUUUGCUGUGUGGUGCUGGGGGUGGUCUUGGCGUCGUCCAUUGGGGGGACGCUGGGCUUGUAGGCCCCUGCCCAUAUCCCUUCCAGCCCCCCACCACGUUGGGAGCAAUACCCCCACCGCCAACCCCAAAACGGACCCCGGCAGCCCCUCUCCCUCUUCCCCCACAGCAGACCCUGGAGUCCCUGGACCUCCCCUCCAUGGGCCACCCACCUCUGCCCCGCACGUAGAUAGCAGCAGGCGUGAUUACACAUGCACACCAACAUGCAUGCCGCUGGCACAUGCUCGAGACGUGUGGACACCCAGCGUGUGCGCGCGUGUGGAUGUGUGCACUGCAUCUCCCCUGCCCUACCUGAGUCUGCGGUUUGAGCUUCCUUGUCAUGGGGGUUGUGGUGCCAACUGGCUGAGUGGGACAGUAGCCCACCAUGCCCCGUGUGUGUUUGCGAGUUUGUGUGUGGCCAAAGACCUAUGGACACACAACUGUACAUGAAAUUUUGUGUUUGAGUCUGAAACUCACGUGACGUCAGUUCCUCCCCACACCUCCUUCCCAGUCUGCUCUGAAUGGAGCGGGCAGCAUGUGCAGAUAUUCACACUCCGAGGACCCAGGGAGCCCCGAGACACACAGGCCGUGGCAGACACCCCACAUGAUGUAGAACAAACCCUCCUGGCUGGUGACCGCAGGGGCUGCUGUGUCCUCGUGUGUGGGUGUGUGUGUGUGGGGGGGGCCUGUGGAGGUGAGUGGAAGCGUACACAUGUAAGUGACCUUGUCUGUUCUGUAGACUGUUUUUCCUAGCAGAUGCGAGGGACAAGUGUAUGUGUGUGUGCAAGCUUACGCAGAGUGUUGACAGGAGCCCUGCACAUCGUGGACCAGACUCCUGUUGAGGGUGGAUGCAGGUAUCCCCAUUUCUAUGCUACCUAGGACACAGCUGUGACUGUGUGUGUGUGUGUGUGUGUGUGUGUGUGUGUGUGUGUGUGUUUGGGGGCUGCAUAGCGCACACACGUGCCCCAGAACUCCAGGGUUGUUUAGCCAGUUGCUUGGCCCGCCCCUGCCAGCGCCCCUGACCAGCAUCUGGUGUGGCCACACACACUGCUGCACCAGCUUUGUGUAGCUGGAGCUCCCCGGCUGCCAGCACAGGCCCUUUGCACACAUGCUUUCGGCCUUAUUUCUUCUGUCUGUCCGAGGCAGGUCUGAGCAUGUGUCAGCUGAGCACCUCAGGCCAAGGCCGAGGAGGCCCAUGACGAUGACAUCAGGCAUGCACUCGUGCCCCGGGGCACUCACAUGCUGCAGCCAGUGUGGUGUUCCCACGGGCCUUCACCCGUCUGCACGCAAAGGCCGUCUGGAAGGCCUGUUUGCAGAGCUGUUACUGAGGGGCCCGAAUGUCAAGGCUGCCCAGACAGGUGCAGAGCAGGACAUUGUCCUUCCUGCCUCGGGUACACUCUUCUGGGACCUGGGAGAAGCCGGUGUUUUGUCUCAUUGCCGCAUUCGGUGCCCUAGGCUCUUCUGCUAGAGUGGACAAUCACGGCAGUGGUUGAGACUGAAGGCACAAGCCUGGGGUUCAUAGUGAGGGAAGGCCUAGCACCUAGCAUACAUAGUUUGUGGGUACAGGGCGAAAAGCAGACAUUAGGAUCCCUACCACCACCCAGGAGCAAGUCAGUGAGCACAGCACCCGGGAACACGAAGGGGCUGGG